AGAGGAAAGAGGGAAAAGAAGGCGCGAGAAUGUCCUAUAGCACGGAGUGCACACUCGCACGCUCUCUUGCACAUGAGGAGUGAAUUACUGAGAGGUGCUGAGAAGUUUGUCUUCAUCAAACAGCAGAUAUGGGAUUAAACUUUCCCCCAAGGUGGAUAUUCCCAUGCUGGAUGGCAUGCACCGUGGUUGCCUUCUAUGCACAAAAUGCAGUGUCCAAAUCUCCUCAGUGUGGCGGACAGCAGUACUUAAAAGGCUCAAGAUGCUGCAAUAAAUGCAAACCAGGUCUACGCGUGUUUGCUGAUUGCAGUGAAUCCCACCAGACCAAGUGUGUUAAAUGUGCUCACGGGGAGUACCAGCCCUAUUGGACCCAAGAGACGCGCUGCCUCCAACAGAGAAUAUGUGAUGCAGGUAAAGGUUUCAUGUCACGACCUGAAAAUCUGGAGGCUGAGGAGCCUUGUCGCUGUCUUCCCAACUUCCAGUGUUCGCCCAUCAACUGCGAGUUCUGUGAAAAGAUUCCCACCUGCCGCCCCGGGUACGGACUAGAGGUGGAACCAGAGUCCAUAAACGGAAGGAAGAUUUGUGUUCCGUGCAAGAAAGGAUUCUUUUCUGCAGACAACAACACCAAACAAUGCAGACGGUGGACGGAUUGUAAAGCAGAGGGCAGGAGUGAGACAGCACCAGGCAGCGCGCAGGCAGACGCUGUAUGUGGACCACAUGUUUCCAGUGCUGCCCCUUCCUGGGUGAUAGUGUCAGUGUUGUCAGCCAUCACUGUCCUCUGUCUCCUCAUCCUGCUCCUCUUCUGCUACAAAGAUAAACUCAACUUACUCUCUGUUAAUCUGCGAUCAUGCGUUCAGAAUCUAAAAAGGACAAGGAUACAACAGGAGACUCUAGCCCCUCUCUACCACAGUGGAGCAGCGGGAGGUCUCAAAUACAGCCCAUGUGAGACCACCAAACUCUUCUGCCAAGCCCCCCACAUGAGCGAGGGUGGGGAGACCCCAUGCACCUUAUUCCCGUCCACUCCCAGUGUUGCAGUCUCCCCCACUCAGACCCAAGAAAUGACCACGACCGAAGGCCCACAGAGGGAGGCAGUGACGGAGGAGGAGAGCCAAGGUUCCGGUGGUCCUGAGGAGGUGUCGGAAGAAGAGGAACUUACCAGUGUCUCUCCACUGUUGCCUGGUUCCUGCAUAUGCAGCGUUCAGGUCCAGGAGCCUCUGGAGGUUGGGGAGAAUGAGGACUGUAGCCAAGCUGUCAGCCCUGGGACUCCCUGGACUUGCUCUUGUGGUGGUCUACAUGCAGAAGAGAGGUCAAAGGAGGACAAGAGUUCAAGAGUCAGACAGGAAAACAUAGCCAAGAGUGAGGCAAACGUUGCCUCGCUUGUCUCUUUUUCACCUCUUCUCCUCCGCUCUUCCUCCGUCACUCCUCCAUCCAGCUCGGUUCCUGAGCUCUGUGUUCCUUUGAGCAAGGCUAGGGUAAGACCAGAGUUUAAAGGUCACCUGAAAGAUAUAACGGCAGCUAAGCAGAAGGGAUAUUAUAGACUGGAAAGCACAGACUCCUCCUUCACAGACAAUAGUGGGCCCACCGUGAUGACCUCGGUUAGCCCUUUAAAAACUUCCUCAUCUAUGGGAGAUCUCUACUCAGAAAGGCCUCUGGAGGCCCCCAGUCAAGAACAAGGCCACAAAGCCUCCUGGGAGGACAGCAGAGGAAAAACACUUCUGUCUGGGGACACAGAGCUCGAGUGCCCCCCCGGAAGCCUCCAGAGUCAGCUUGCAGAACCAACUCUUACCUCAGGUCAAGUUUCGGGGAGUCACAACACCACCUUCAUCUCCAGCGGUCAGGUGGUGAACUUCAGCGGCGAUGUCAUCGUCGUUUACGUCGGUCAGACGUCUUCCGGAAGUGAUGGGGUGCCGUUGGAUGACGACUUUGCAAGUCCUGUCCAAGAACAGGCCAAUGAGACUGCUUUGUUUUUCCAGAGUAGUCUGAGGUCAGCGGAGGACUCUGUUACUCAAAAGCCAAUAUGGGAUGACACCGCGCAGGCACCAAAAAUGACUGCAUAGCGUCUCAGUGGUAACCAAAGCAGUAAAGCAAUGGUGUUCUCUAAUCAUCUACACACUUUUUAAACGACUUCCACCCGUUAUGUAUAGCACUUGGCGUUUCAAGGUCAAGGGUGAGCCCCCCCCUGGAUUGGUUGCCAGCCGGUCAACAGGCUAACUGGAGUUCAGACCGGCAGACUUAUUGAAGGUAUAUUUCAAUUGCACCAUUAAAAGGGAUCGUUUGACACUUUGGGAAAGUUUCUCUAAAAGAUCCAAAUGUUCACAAUGUGCAAGUAAUUGUUAGAAGCCUUACAAAAUAAUAUAAUGGAAAUAAAUCUUUUUAUGGUGGGAAAUUUAAUCUGCUGGCGACAUUAGACGGGAGAUGCCAAAAGUUCUUUAAAGAAAAUAUUAACUGGCAUUUCUCAGAGUAACUUUUUUCCAUGGAAAGCUUUUUUUUUUCAUAUAAAUCUAAUAAAGAGACACAUCCAGUUUUGGUACGAAUCUUGUUUUUUUCAGUAUGAAGAUUUGUUUUCAUACUGCACCAAAUGUGCAGUGUCUUUUGGAAAAAUGCUAUGCAUUUGAUGGACUAUUUUUAUUUCAGUAUGUUUAACAUGCAGGCUUUAAUGAAGAAAAUGAAAAUGUUUAUUAUAAUUUGUUUGAAACAAAUUUGCAUUGUUUGUGUAUUCAUAUUUUUUGUUUUGUUUUU